UGAUCGCUUGUGGACUACACAAAAAAUUUAUCGAGAUCACAGCAGGACAACACUGAAUCCUCAACCUAAAAUUUCACCCAGUUUAAUAGGCUAAACCAUGACGAUAAGCGACGACGAUCGCUUGAGCAAGAGCUCGUACGUUGCUUAUGGAACAGUCAUGUUCUUUAUUCUUUGUCUCGGUAUGACGGGAAACCUUUUGACCAUCCCGGUACUUUUACAUCGAGACCAUCGUCGUAAGAAAAUAACUCCUCUGAUGCUGAAUAUGUGUAUAGUGGAUAUAAUCCUGUGUGCUGUUGGCUACAGCGUUUCAAUAACUUACAACCUGUCUGGAACAAAAAUGAGCUCCGAAGACCGCUUUCGCUGUAGCUGGAUUGCUUUCAUCAACUGCUUCGUCGGAAUCGUUGUCAUAGCAACRCUGACCGUAAUGAGCGUGGUUUCGUACUCGGGCGUCACCACUAUGAGAGUGAGGAAUACAGAGUCAGGUUUUUCCAAAAAGAAUUUUUUUAUUGUUGCCUGUACUUGGAUAUUUUCACUCGUUUUGUCCAUCCCACCGGCCUUUGGAUGGAAUUCAUUUGUGCCGUUUGAGAAUGGCAUCAGUUGUCACCCCGACUGGGGGUCUCAAGAUCCCGCAGACCAGGCUUAUAUUAUAUUUCUCGUCAUUUUUGGAUUUUUUUUGCCACUGACCAUCUUGUCUUACUCUUAUUUCAUGACCUACAGUUUCAUCAAGAAAAACGCAUUCCAACAACCUAGUGCUUCCAACAGCGCUCACAUCCGCCGAAUGGAAASCCAGAAAAGAAUGAUCCGCAUGACGGUGAUGGCUGUCAUCCUGUUCUUUAUCAGCUGGUCUCCCUACUGCAUCGUCAGUCUCAUGGCUACAGCCUACGGCAGACCCAUCCUGAAAGGUGGUUUGUCCCUCGUUCCUGAACUCAUGGCAAAAGCAUCAGUCGUGUACAACCCUCUGGUUUACACCUUCAUGAACACCAAAUUCAGAGUGACCUUGAAGAAUGUGCUGAGACUGAACUACAACGCCGUCAGCCCAACUAGUACCGAAGUGAUUGUCCAAGAUGCGUCAAUCACUGGAGACGGCACCUCUGGACCAGAUCUGCGGGCACUUGAUGUUCAAAAUCUCGGUGAUAAUCGCAAUUGAAAUAUUACGGAGCUUUUAAUUUGUGACAUAUUUUUGUUUCAACUCAAAAAUUAAUGCGCAUUAUUAAGAUGAGAUAAAUCAAAAAGUAAGAUCUAUGACAUCCUCCACUUCAAGAAAGUAGAAAUAAUACCACUUUGAAGAAAACUGCAGAAAAUAUCUUUGCAGAACUCGAAUAAUGUCACGCUUAAAAGCUCCAUGGCURAUGGGAUGGUAGCUUUGAUUCAUCUAUAAAUCUAGCGUCUGCMGUGCGUCAGGACGUCGAGACGUCAGGAGCCUGUAAAGACUCCGCGCUGAUCGCGCAUAAAAAAAACUUGCGUGCUUUAAUAGUCAACCUUUUGGGCCAUGCCAUCCAGGCCAUGCAUUGAUAUCAUCAAUGCUCAAAAGUWAGUAGACGCUAGAGCAGAUAACAAAUGGAUGCAGUGAGACUGUAUUCGGUUGUCAUGCCUUUAUUUACGAACAUUCUUUUUUUGCAUAUCGUGGCAUACAAGGGUGUCAAGUCAGUUUGGUUUUCCUUACAAAGAUGUAAAUAAAGAGGCAUAAAUACUYCCUCCUCCCUUAGAAAAAAGCCUUGAAAUGCUCGAUACUCGAUAUAUGUAGUGACUAUUACUAAUGAUAAUUUAUUAUUUAUAUUGCGCAUGUUUUAUAGGGAGAUGCGCAAACACUUUGUUUAGCAUACAUGCAAACAGGCAAUAGAGGUUUUGCACCAUGACGUGACGGCAGCCACGUUAGAUGGCAGGAACAAUACAGUCGCUUUACAUGGGAAAAAAUUCAAUUCACAAGAGCAAAGGGAUUUUAUUGGUCAAGUCCUGUAAUAUGACAAUAGGCUUUUUGCAACAAACGCUCACGUGCUGAUAUAUCACUUUGAUAACGAAUCAAUUCAGCUCAAGGUCCCUUGGGGAAGGCUCUGCUGGAUGGUAAACAAACUUUAAAAAGCUUCGUACCAUGAAAUCCAAAGUAUCUUAUAAGAGAAAAAAAAGUAUUGUUGAAAAGGUUUUGGUCACGACAUUAGCAUUCCAGCAAUAAAUAAAUAAAGUCCAAUUUUUUGCCAUCCAGUAACAAUCACGUGUCAAUCUAUUGCAAAAAGCCUAUUAAUAGACCUCAUUACCUCGGACGUAAUGCUUUCCUAUUUUAGACCUCGGUGUAAUUUCAUAGAGUAUCAUUUCUUUGCUUAACAGUUGUGCUUGAGAAGAUCCAGAUAUGAAUAUGGAUACAACUCAAACAAAGAAUCUUAUUCUAAAGGAAUGACACGUGGUCGGAAAAUGGCGACAAAAGCCAUGUUAGAGAUAUUUAGUGGAGCAUGCGCAGUAAGAAUUACAGAGAGUUGAACUGAGAUUACCGCAGACCGUUUCUUCCUUACGGCGCUAUUGCAUGUAUUUGAUUAUUAUUUAUUAUUAUUAUUAUUAAAGUACACUCAACAAAAUUACUCGACUCUGAUUGGUCGAGAGGAGUACAAUUAUAGC